AUGGGAGAUGACGGAUCCGAACGAACCAAACCAAACAUUCUAGUUACUGGUACGCCAGGCGUAGGGAAGACAAGCACGGCAUCUCUGAUUGCGGAACAAGUUGGCCUGAAGCAUGUCAACGUUGGGGACUUGAUCAAAGAAUUGAACUGUUAUGACGGGUUCGACAAAGAGUUGGAUACCAAUAUUCUUGACGAAGACAAACUGCUCGAUGCCAUGGAGGUUAUCUUCGAAACGGCGGCUGAGGAGGGGCAAGGAAUCGUUGCUGACUAUCACGCAUGUGAAAUCUUCCCUGAAAGAUGGUUCGACUUGAUCUUGGUGCUUAGAACAAAAACUGAGACACUCUUUGAUCGACUUGCAGCGAGAGGGUACAAUGAAAAGAAGCGGGACGAGAAUAUGCAAGCUGAAAUCAUGCAAGUUGUCCUUGAUGAAGCUAGAGAAUCUUACACCAAGGAGAUUGUGCAUGAAGUUCAGUCCAAUACUAUCGAAGAUAUGGAUAGCAAUGUGGACAGAGUGAACCAAUGGACAAAACAAUGGCUAAAGGACAAUGCCGAUAGGUAG